GCGCCUCCUCUAACAUGGCUUCUCUCUGUAUCUAGAGAUAAAAGCUCCACAUACGACUAUACCGAUAUAACAUAACCGAAGAACACCAAUCAGAUAUGAUUUUAUCUCAGCUCCCAAGAUUUCAUCUCUCCAUCUUAACGAAAUCACCUUCCUCCUCUCUCUCUUCUCCCCAUUUCAAUCUCCUAAACCACCGGUCCAACCCACCGGUUUCACUAGCCAGAACCAUUUUCUCCUUCGCGCCCAAAUCAAAUCUCGCCACCGUCGAGCCCAUACCGCUCCCGGUCUCGGAUUCAUCCGAUCUGGACGAAGCUCCCGUGGAGAUUUCGCUCGACAAGCUUUUUAUCCCGCCGGAGACGGAUAUCUCCGGGGACGACCCGUCGAGCCUGACGGCUAGGGUUCUGAAGGGCUCGAACAUAGUGCUCAGCAAGUACGCGAGGGACGCGCAGGUGGCUCAGGCAGACUAUGUGAAGAGCAGUGUGAGGACGGAGGACUGUCCGGCGGAUGGGCUGCCGGAGUUUGCGCUGGUCGGGAGAUCCAAUGUUGGGAAAUCUUCGCUGCUCAAUUCGUUGGUGAGGAGGAAACGACUUGCCUUGACCUCUAAGAAACCUGGAAAGACGCAAUGCAUUAAUCAUUUCCGGAUCAACGACAAUUGGUACCUGGUAGAUUUACCUGGCUACGGGUAUGCAUCAGCACCGCAUGAACUCAAACAAGACUGGAACAAAUUCACCAAAGACUAUUUCCUCAACCGAUCAACAUUAGUCUCAGUGUUUUUGCUAGUUGAUGCCAGCAUUCCUCCAAAGCAAAUCGAUCUCGACUACGCUAGCUGGCUUGGUCAAAACCAGGUUCCAAUGACUAUGGUGUUCACGAAAUGUGACAAGAGGAAGAAGAAGAAAAACGGAGGGAAGAGACCAGAGGAGAAUAUAAAGGAGUUCCAAGAUUUGAUCCAAGGAUUCUUUGAGACAACGCCACCAUGGAUUAUGACCAGCAGUGUGACUAAUCAAGGUCGGGACGAGAUAUUGUUGCAUAUGGCUCAGCUAAGAAACUACUGGCUUAAACACUAAGAACCAGUUUAUCUUUUGUAAGAAAGUAGACAUAUAUAAUAAAAACAACAACAACAAAAAGACAGUGUAGCAGUUCUUUUGCAAGUUUUUUAUUGAUGCAA